AUGCUACCAAUUAUUGAUUUAGAUCAGAUUUCAGGUGAAACUGAACUGUUACCGAUAGUUAAACAAAUCUUAUCGAAUUAUGACACCUUUUUAUUGAAAAACUAUGCCAACUUCAAGUCUUUGCAAAGACUAAUAAAUAACUUAAAAUCAUCUAAUCAAAUUACCAACGGUUUGAAACCAUUUGAUAAUAAUGAUUUCACUGGUCUUAUCCCAAUAUAUAAGGAUAAUGAAUCAAAUGAUACCGACUCUGACAAUAAUCCAAGUCUUUGGGUGGAGCAGUAUGUCAAUGAUUCAAAUAUAAAUCCAUCCGUUCCCAAAAAUGUUAAUUGUCAACGUAUUAUGAAUCACCUUUGGUCUAUUGGACAAUUUUUCACUGAGGUUGCAAUACAUUGUUUUGACAAGAACCCUGCUGAUGUAGAUAUCGAACUAUCUUCAAUGUUAACCCGUUAUGUCGGCAGUACUGAUUCCAAUAAUGAUCAAUAUUACAUAGAUGAUAUCAUUGAUAACAAUAAUAGCUACGAUUGGAUUUCAGUCAAUUCUUCUGGACUCUUACUUAUGUUCCCUCUCGCCACAGGCAUCAAAAUUAAACCUGCAACUUCAAGUGUUGAGGACAACGUCUGGAUAACCAUAAACGAACCUGACUGUCUCUUGGUACAUACUGCAGCCUCUCUUCAAAAGUUGUCUAACGGCUUACAUACAACUACCCCAAUUCAGAUUAAUCCCGGACUGUGUCCAAUUUAUCUGACCACAUACAAACCUUUCAGUGAUCCAAUUGCAAUGAAAGAUUUUAUUCAAGAACAGAUACAGCAGUAUCCAUACAUCGGUUCAAAAUUCUAUGUAAGGGAAGCAAAUAAAUUAAAACUAAGUAAAGAAGUCAAGGACCUGAUCAAACUUUUCAAUUCUUGCGAGACUAUCCUAUCUCUCUAUUCCAUUCAAAAACCUGUAAAUGGCGAGGGAAACCCUUCUAUAACAAAAUAUAUAUUGCCACAGCUCAACAGAAUGGUACAAGGUAAUAAGAUUACUAUUCAAACUUUCUUAAAAAUGAUGACACUAUGGCCUCACUGUUAUGAAUUGGAUUAUAGUCUUGUUGAUGAAGAUGAUUUGGUCAUUGUGGUCCCUAAACGAAACAAUCUAAUUUCUAUGGUUAAUGAAUCCAGAAAGUUGACUUUUUAUAAGAAUGCAAUGAAAUGGUUGGAAGAUCAUGAUUCAGAUGAUACUGGUAAUAUUAUAGCUGAAAUACCCGUCUUCCAAUUACGUAAAAGACAAAUACCAGUUCAGGAUACCACUACGAAUCCUUUAAUGCAGCGGAAACUGGCUGUUCCUUUUAAAAAGGGAAAAUAUUUGAAUAAUAGUAUGAACAAUAAUAAUAAUAAUACUCAUGAUUCUAAGUUAAGCUAUUUUAAAUUUAAGGAAAAACCAUUCGAUACACAGGAAAAUCUUUUACAAAGGAUUAAGAUGAAAGAAAAUUCCGCUUUAUGGGAAAGAGAUAAACAAGACAAGAUCUAUGACAAAUUCUUAACGACCAAGACAAGACAAGUAUUAAAUAUUUUGAAAAGUUUACAUGUUGCAGAACCUUAUACAGUAACCAUGUUAACUACCAUGAUUGUAGAUUCCUUAUAUGAUGGUAACAAUCCAAUCGGGCUUAAGGAAGCUGAGACAAUAUUAGACAGGCUGGUUGAGCAACGGUCAGAUAUCAAGCUGUUAAACACAACUGAUGGUUUGAAAGUUUAUAGGUGGGAAAAGCCUUUGUAA